AAAAGGGAUAUAACGAAAUUAUUGAUCAGAUAGAAGAUGAAGCAUUACAAGAGUCAGGUUGGUCAUUUGUUAGAGCAGAAGAGGUAUUUCUUGAGAUAAGUGCAUUCAGACCAUUACAUGGUAGUAGUUGGCUAUCUCUCCAGAAGAUUUAA